AAGAAGAACGGUAUAAUCUAUAUUUUUUUAUAAGAAAAACAGAGUUUGCAUUUCUAAUUUUUGAAAUUGUGUAUGGAGUUAGAAGUUCUUGACGGUGUUAUUAUUGAGACAGACUUCGAAAGCAUUUACCUAACUGUUUUCACUUUUGUGGUUGUGAUAUUUUUGAUUUUGUGGAAAUGCUUCCAAAAAAGUUCAUAGCUUUAACUAUCAUUGUUGGUACGGUUUGCAAUGCUCUUCGGUUACAUUAAGAACCUCACAAAAAUACCGCUGGCUUAAUCAUAGGAGGUUGUGCGAUUGCAGCUUAUGCUGGGGCUGUUGGUAUAGCAACUUGUUUGACAGCAGGAAUUUUUGCCAUAUUACUCAGUUUCCGUGCCGACUGGGAAAAUGGUGGAGGAGGGGACGUGGAUGCUAAUGUCAAACGCUCAAAUUCCAGCCCUUUCCUCUCGAGAUCCUAUUAUCAGAUACCUGAUGGUGAUAAGAACAGGAGAUCAGAAGCUUUGUCAGACACGGAGUUAUCAUACGCAGAGUUGUCUAUUGGUCAGCGUUAUAUCAUGAAUUUGACUGAAGACCAACAGUUGUAUGUUCAGAAAACUGGUAAUUCAUCAGUUGCAGUCGGAGCCCUUUUGGGGGUCACAGAUCUUCUCCAAUAUCAUACAACCCCUGUGACCAAGAGGGUUAAUACAGUCACAACAGUCUGGGGGAUAGGUGCAGAUGAUCGUAUCGACAAGUCAGGAGCAACUAAGAAAACAUUAUCAGAAUGGGCCUAUAAAAUCAAAAAGGCUCAGGGAGGAAAGCAGGGUCACCAGUGUGUGUCCAUCUUUUCACUGGACAAUAAGCAAAGGGAUUUCGAUAUUGAAUUUGCCUUCUACGACAACUCUUACAGUCCUCAAGGCUCCUCUUGUGAAGCUAAAUGAUUAUCCGAUUGCGUGAUGUGUUUUCAAAUUCGACUCUUACUGUGCCAUUCUUUUCUUUACCAACGUACAAUAUAUGCUGUUUUUCUUGUCUUGUUACCCUCAUUGAAAUACCUACCUACCCCUCCGUCCAACCUAUUUCAAUUACCGCCCUCUAACUCCAUGCGCUGAAUACAAUGUUAGAAUCUAGCCCAUUUCCACAGCCUAGCAAUAUAUUCUAAUACAGCGCAUUGUGAUUCGCGUGUAAAACAAGCGUAAGAUUCAGCCGACUCUAGUACGAAUGUACCAGUAAGUAAUUUGG